UAUCAGUGAGUAGGAUGCUAGAAUUUGUAAAAAUUCAUUGCAUUUAUUGUGCUAGGGAGGGAAGCUGUGCGUGAGGUGGCGCAUGUGUAAAGGUUAAGAGAACAACUUGUGGGAGUCUAUUAUUUCCUUCUACCGUGUGGGUCUGGCUGUCAGGCUUGGCAGCAAGCACUUUUACCCACUGAGUCAUCAUCAGCUCGAGCACUUUCUAGGAGGGAUUGUUGGGAAGACAGGACAACUUGCUGUAUGAAGGAGCCUACAUGGGGUUCCUACAUAGGGAAGCACUUAACAAUAUAGCUCUCCUAGACGGCCUCAGGUGUCAAUUUGACAGAGUCAUGUCAGGCAGUCUCAAAUUCAAAAAUGCCCAUAUGUGCUAGGUCUGUUGCCAUGUUGGUAAGGGACUCUCUUGACUGCUGUUUAGUAUGGGAGGGCUUAGCUCACCGUGGGCGGUAUCAUCCCUAGGCAGCUGAGCCUGGACUGUAGGAGAAAGCUAGCUGAGCCAGAGAGUGUCGGGGAGAGCACGUUAGCAAGCUCCUUUCAUCCAUGGUUUCUGCCUUCAGGUUCCUUCACGGAGUUACUGCCCUGACUUCCCUUGGUGACUGAUUGCGAUUUGGAAGUUUAAGCCAAAUAAAUCCUUUCCUUUCCCAAGUCCCCUGCAUGAAAAAUUAUUUAAACGUUGCACACAAAUCUUCUGAGGAAGAAGAAAAGGAAAUUCCGUGCGUGGGUCUCAGCAGGAGUACCGCUGAUGCAGCUUAAAACAAUGCCGAAGAAGAAGCCCUUGUCUGCAGGCAUAGCGCCCCUGUUUCUCUUCCUGUGCCAGAUGAUCAGUGCUCUGGAUGUUCCUCUUGAUCCAAAGCUCCUUGAUGACUUGGUACAGCCUCCAACUAUCACUCAACAGUCACCAAAAGACUACAUUAUUGACCCUCGGGAGAAUAUUGUAAUCCAGUGUGAGGCCAAAGGGAAACCUCCUCCAAGCUUUUCCUGGACUCGUAACGGAACACAUUUUGACAUAGACAAAGACCCUCUGGUCACUAUGAAGCCUGGCUCAGGAACCCUUGUCAUCAACAUCAUGAGUGAAGGAAAGGCGGAGACCUAUGAAGGGGUUUACCAGUGCACUGCAAGGAAUGAGCGCGGAGCUGCUGUCUCCAAUAACAUUGUUGUCCGCCCCUCUAGGUCGCCCUUGUGGACCAAGGAAAGACUUGAACCAAUAAUCCUCCGAAGUGGUCAGUCACUGGUACUUCCAUGUAGGCCUCCAAUUGGAUUACCACCGGCCAUAAUAUUUUGGAUGGAUAACUCCUUUCAAAGACUGCCACAGAGUGAGCGGGUUUCCCAAGGUCUGAAUGGAGACCUUUACUUCUCCAAUGUCCUCCCAGAGGACACCCGUGAAGACUACAUCUGCUAUGCCAGAUUUAAUCACACUCAAACAAUUCAACAGAAACAACCUAUUUCUUUGAAGGUGAUUUCAGUGGAUGAAUUGAAUGACACUAUAGCUGCUAAUUUGAGUGACACUGAGUUUUAUGGUGCUAAAUCUAGUAAAGAGAGGCCACCAACAUUUCUAACUCCAGAGGGCAAUGAAAGCCGCAAGGAGGAAUUAAGAGGAAACGUGCUUUCCCUGGAGUGCAUUGCAGAAGGCCUACCUACUCCAAUUAUUUACUGGAUCAAGGAAGAUGGAACGCUUCCUGUCAACCGGACGUUUUAUCGGAACUUCAAGAAAACCUUGCAGAUCAUUCAUGUCUCUGAAGCAGACUCUGGAAAUUAUCAGUGCAUAGCAAAAAACGCAUUAGGAGCCGUCCAUCAUACCAUUUCUGUCACAGUUAAAGCGGCUCCCUACUGGAUUGUUGCACCUCACAACCUCGUGCUUUCCCCGGGGGAGAAUGGGACCCUCAUCUGCAGAGCUAACGGCAACCCGAAACCCAGAAUUAGCUGGUUAACAAAUGGAGUCCCAGUAGAAAUUGCUCUCGAUGACCCCAGCCGAAAAAUCGAUGGUGAUACCAUUAUGUUUUCAAAUGUUCAAGAAAGCUCAAGUGCGGUUUAUCAGUGCAAUGCCUCUAACAAAUAUGGAUAUUUACUAGCAAAUGCAUUUGUAAAUGUGCUCGCUGAACCACCUCGGAUUCUCACCUCAGCAAACACACUGUACCAGGUCAUUGCAAACCGGCCUGCUUUGCUGGACUGUGCCUUCUUUGGGUCUCCUAUGCCUACCAUUGAGUGGUUUAAAGGAACUAAAGGAAGCGCUCUUCAUGAAGACAUUUAUGUUUUACAUGAUAAUGGAACGUUAGAAAUUCCUGUGGCCCAAAAGGAUAGUACAGGGACAUAUACUUGUGUCGCAAGGAAUAAAUUAGGGAUGGCAAAGAAUGAAGUUCACUUGGAAAUCAAAGAUCCAACCAGAUUCAUUAAACAACCUGAAUACGCAGUCGUUCAGAGGGGGAGCAAGGUUUCCUUUGAAUGCAAAGUGAAACACGACCACACCUUAAUCCCCACCAUUCUGUGGCUGAAGGACAAUGGAGAGCUGCCCAAUGAUGAAAGGUUCUCUGUCAACAAGGACCAUCUGGUGGUCUCUGACGUAAAGGAUGACGAUGGUGGGACCUACACAUGUGCAGCCAACACAACGCUGGACAGUGUUUCAGCCAGUGCCGUGCUCAGGGUGGUCGCUCCUACUCCAACUCCAGCCCCCAUUUACGAUGUCCCAAAUCCUCCCUUUGAUUUAGAAUUGACCAAUCAACUUGACAAAAGUGUUCAGCUGACAUGGACCCCAGGCGAUGACAACAAUAGCCCCAUUACAAAAUUCAUCAUCGAGUAUGAAGAUGCAAUGCAUGAGGCAGGGCUGUGGCGCCACCAGGCGGAAGUUUCUGGAACGCAGACCACAGCCCAGCUGAAGCUGUCUCCCUACGUGAACUACUCGUUCCGAGUCAUGGCUGAGAACAGCAUCGGGAGGAGUGUGCCGAGCGAGGCAUCGGAGCAGUAUCUUACAAAGGCCGCAGAACCAGACCAGAAUCCCACGGCUGUGGAAGGACUAGGGACAGAGCCGGACAACUUGGUGAUCACAUGGAAGCCCCUGAAUGGUUUUCAAUCGAAUGGGCCUGGCCUCCAGUACAAAGUGAGCUGGCGUCAGAAAGAUGGUGACGAUGAAUGGACAUCUGUGGUUGUAGCCAAUGUAUCCAAAUACAUUGUUUCUGGCACACCAACUUUCGUCCCAUACCUGAUAAAAGUUCAAGCCCUGAAUGAUGUGGGCUUUGCUCCAGAGCCAGCUGCAGUCAUGGGACAUUCCGGGGAAGACCUUCCAAUGGUGGCUCCUGGAAAUGUGCGUGUCAGUGUGGUGAACAGUACCUUGGCAGAGGUACACUGGGACCCUGUACCUCCCAAGAGUGUCCGAGGACACUUACAAGGCUACCGGAUCUACUACUGGAAGGCUCAGAGCUCAUCGAAAAGAAACAGACGCCACAUUGAGAAGAAGAUCCUCACCUUCCAGGGCAGCAAGACUCACGGCAUGCUGCCAGGGCUGCAGCCUUACAGUCACUAUGUUCUCAAUGUCCGAGUGGUCAAUGGGAAAGGGGAGGGCCCGGCCAGCGCCGACAGAGGCUUCCAUACUCCAGAGGGAGUCCCUAGUGCUCCCUCAUCUUUGAAAAUUGUUAAUCCUACACUGGACUCUCUCACUUUGGAGUGGGACCCUCCAAGCCACCCAAAUGGUAUCCUGACUGAGUACAUCUUAAAAUAUCAGCCAAUUAACAGCACACACGAACUAGGCCCUCUGGUAGAUUUAAAAAUUCCUGCCAACAAGACACGCUGGACUUUGAAAAAUUUAAAUUUCAGCACUCGGUACAAGUUCUACUUCUAUGCACAAACGUCAGUGGGAUCGGGCAGUCAGAUCACAGAGGAAGCAAUAACAACUGUGGACGAAGCUGGUAUUCUUCCACCUGAUGUAGGUGCAGGCAAAGUCCGUGCAGUAAGUCCCAGGAUCAGCAAUGUCACUGCUGCAGCUGCUGAGACGUAUGCCAAUAUCAGUUGGGAAUAUGAGGGACCAGAGCAUGUGAAGUUUUAUGUUGAAUAUGGUGUAGCAGGCAGCAAAGAAGAAUGGAGGAAAGAAAUUGUAAAUGGUUCUCGGAGCUUCUUUGGGUUAAAGGGUCUAAUGCCAGGAACAGCAUACAAAGUCCGAGUUGGUGCUGAGGGGGACUCUGGUUUUGUGAGUUCAGAGGAUGUGUUUGAGACAGGACCAGCAAUGGCAAGUCGGCAAGUGGAUAUUGCGACCCAAGGCUGGUUCAUAGGUCUAAUGUGUGCUGUUGCCCUCCUCAUCUUAAUUUUGCUGAUCGUUUGCUUCAUCAGAAGAAACAAGGGUGGUAAAUAUCCAGUUAAAGAAAAGGAGGAUGCUCACGCAGACCCUGAAAUCCAGCCCAUGAAGGAGGAUGAUGGAACGUUUGGAGAAUAUAGUGAUGCAGAAGAUCACAAGCCUUUGAAAAAAGGAAGUCGAACACCUUCAGACAGGACUGUGAAAAAAGAAGAUAGUGAUGACAGCCUGGUUGACUAUGGCGAGGGGGUGAAUGGCCAAUUCAAUGAGGAUGGCUCCUUUAUCGGACAAUACAGUGGUAAGAAAGAGAAAGAACCAGCAGAGGGAAAUGAAAGCUCAGAGGCCCCUUCUCCUGUCAACGCAAUGAACUCCUUUGUUUAAGUCUUUAAGCUCUGUGCCAAUGUCCCAUCUCUCUGGAAUGGUUUUCCUGAACACUUGUCAUCCCUCUCAGACUAUGGACAUAUGGGUAGAAAGAAUGUUUUCUGCGGUAUAUGAGUAUUAUAAGAACAGAGCAAGAACAUAACUCAGUCAGAUGAUACGUUAAUAUGAACUGGGGUGAAAAGGGCAUACUUUUUGUUCAGAGUGGGUUUUCUCAAUUUCCUCGGAACUGAUUAAAAAGAACUACAACAUCGUCAAUAGAUUACAUUAUUCCCUGUGCGGGAUACAGUUCAAUAAGAUGCAUGAAACAUGCUGCACAGAGGACAUAGCUGUGUAUGUGAUUGCGACGUGGUUGGGUACUUCAUUGACACUAUCCUCAGCUGAACCCUAAAUAUGAAUUCCGUUGUCAUUGUGGAGAGUGUUACUGUAGUGUUCUCUAGGGCUUCAAUGUCUCUGUGGACAUUGUUGUGAAACUCGUGACUAUGUCUAGCUGUUGUUAGUCUUUUUGAGAGACUGUUAGGAACAGUAUGUACAGUAUAUACUUGCUACAUGAGUUACUUAUGACAGUUGCAUCCACUAAUGCUCACCGAGACUCUGUCACCUGAUCUUUGCUCCCUUACUUCCUAGGCUUCUUAACCUUCCAGGUGUUACAGCAACAGUGUUCCACAUCCUACACAAUCUCUGUCCAGUCCUUUGGGGGGAGGGCAUAAGCAUUGCAUAUUGUGACACCUUCUGGCCUUUGUGCCAUACUCAAAGAAUUGAAAUCAAAGCUCUCAAGUGAAAUUUUAAAUUUUAGUCCAGAAAACGCAGGGCAAGACACACGUAGUGCCUUCAGACAAUAAGCAUUCCCCGACUCCUGUGUUCUGUAUCAGCCAGUGUGGGCAACUCCAUCCCAUGCUACUGUUGUUGUUGGAAAGGAACUUUUCAGAGGCAGAGACAAUGAGAACUGAAAUACUGGAAACUGUGAAAGGAAGAACAAGUUUAUGUGAAGGGGCUUUUCCUCACAAAUAUCAACCCCAAAACUCUGUCAUUGACAGGAGCACAUGAGGGUUUCGUGGUCUUUUGUGGUUUCUAGCCAAACAAGUCAGGUUGAAAAAGAAAAAUGGUAUGUUUAGAAAUGGAUAGAAAACCUAACGGUUGCAGAAGUAAAAGCGUACAACAGCAUGCCAAAAGUACUACAUUAUUCACUCUACCUAGAUAAGCUUUCAAAUUCUGCAGCAUUCAACAAUGUGUAUGCAAAUUAGGACAGGCGCACUCCAGAAUCUGAGACGUCUGACAAGCGCUUAAUUAGGCCAACAGUCAAAGGAAUUACACCUACAGUCUAACGAACAAAUGCAUAUAUCCUAUCAUAGCCAUAAACAAUUUGUAUGAAAUGGCUUACCUCCAAUACAAAAGUCUAUGACAACCUAUGGUUGAAGGAAUGCUCAAUUUCAUUUGCCAAUAAAUUGGUUUCUCAUAACUUGCAUCAAGUUUAAUUUUAAGUAAAGCCUUUUAUAUGUAGGUAUUCUGUUGAAUUUGUAAAUAUACUUAAAAUGUAGAAGCUAUAUGCUUAUAGGUGUUACGUGGAAAUAAACACGCAAGCGAUGUUUAUGUUCUGCCGUGUGAGACGUAAGCUCAUUGGUGAAUGCAGAGUGUGGGUCCAGGAAACAUGCAAAUACCUUUCAUGGCAUUUUGGUUUUUAGGUUCUUUUUGCUUUUUUUCCACUCUGCUUUUGGCUGUGAAACUGAAAUAGUGAACUUUUUCUACCCACUUCUUCAGCCCAUAGCUGGCUGAAAUCCUCAGUGUUUUGCCUAUGGAGUACAUUAAGAUUUGUCACUUGACAUCUUUGAUGUGUACAGAGAAAGCUUGUUUUAAAGUGAUCCCCAAAUGAAGUGGCCCUAAAUACUCUCACGUCUUCAUAUUUACCCUCCACAAACCAGCCUAGCUAUUGAAAAUACAAAAUAACAAAACAGGCUUGACUCAACCUCAGAAAGCACAAAGACAAAAGUUACUUCAACUCGUCAGUGUCUUCAGAGAAAAAAUAAAUAUGAAGUUUCUGUUCUUCCAUAACUAUGGAUGAUAAAUUUCUCUGUGCAUGAAGAAGUCACGCCUGUAGAUAACGACAGAUUUUCUAUUAAAAGUGAAAAAUUAAGUGUGUUUUUAAAGCUCUUCCCUCUUUUGUACUUAAUCAUGUUCCUGGUGGAGUGUGGAUGUGUGGCAGGGGUAGCAGAGUAGGACGAUGCUACUGGACUCCCAUUUGAUGGGAGCUCUUGUGAGUUCUUGCUUCUUCAAACCUGUACUUCCAACUGGUUUUUAAGAAAUUCUGACUUUUUUGUUUCAUUUUUAAAAGACUUAGGACUUUAUCACAAAAGUAAAAAUAAGGUUAGGGCUAGUUAAGCCGGAAGCGAUAGCACCAAUCUUUUGCAAACAGGUGAACAAAUCUGGUUCUAUGUUGUGUCUCAAAAAAACCUGAUUGCUGGUGCCCUGCCCAUACAACCAGUGCAGACCUCCUCAGCCACGGUCAAUUUGUAUUUCUUACACUCAUACAUAUUACAAAUAUGUCAUCUACAUCCUUUAGUCCACCUUCAUUUCUUCUGUCUCCAAGCUGCAUAGCUGUGCAAACAUCCAAGCCCAGUAGUUAUCCACAUUCCAUCACCUGCCCCUUAGUCACAGGUCCCUUGUCCCAGCAGUGCAUCCAGAAGACUUACCUGCCUUGCACUCUCAGAGUUAUUUAGGUAUCAUACUAUGAAAGUGAAUCAGAGCUGUCAUAUAUAGCUCAGUGUUCUUCCCAGAGAGGACCUGUUGGCUGCUCUCUUGGACCCUCUCAGACCCUCUGUUCUCUGUCUUCGUUGUGGGCCAGAUUAACAAACUUUAGCCUCGCUCUACAUCAUGGCCUGGCUCUGUGGCAACAGGGGCUUUGAAACUACAAACAUGAUCUCAAGAAAGAUUUUGUAGUUAUAGGCCUGCAUAAACCAUCUUCUUCACGGAGUUUUAAUGGCUUUCGAGGUGAGGGGAGUCUAGGAACUCAGAGAUUUUCACCCACAGAAUGAACACUCCCACUUGAGAUGUUUCAACGGCUGACCACCAGAGGGAGCCUGUGCUUUAUUCUGGGCAGAAGAAACAUGCUAGAGAAAGUGGGCUAAGGACACUGGCUGAAUCGGUUUGGAUAAUUAAAUGAUGACCUGAUGGUGCAGAAAAUGAUCGCCCGCUCCAACUAGGAAAUGAGAUUGCAGCUCUCCCUAGUGAGUUCACAGCUCCAGAGCGGAGUCAUGAGUGUAUGAGCCUUUUGCAUAGUUUUUUCUCUUGACUGGGUCAAGGUGAGUCAGGGGAAGAGUUGCCCCCAGUCCACUGGCCAUGCUUGUCAGGUGUAGGUGUGUGUGUGUGUGUGUGUGUGUGUGUGUGUGUGUGUGUGUGUGUGUGUGUGUGUGUGUGUGGUGUGACAAUAAGGAAAGUGAGUCCUUAAAAUGGCUUCACAUCCUUUCACAUAGACAAAAAUGAUACUAUUUUUGUCUGCCACCAAUGCUUUGAUAUUUUAUUAUUAAAUAAAACACACAAAAAAUAGUUUAAACACUACCCUCAGCUCGUAUGAUGCCUUGAGGAGACAGGAGAGAAAAGCAGAGAAUAUCACUGUAGUAUUUGUACUGAAUAGUGGCUUAGUGGGAUGGAAAGAUCAGUCCCACGGAGAAGUAAGGAUUCAUUGUCCAAUCCCACCAGCAGUGUGGCCCGCAGAGACGCCUCCUCUUGCCAUUCACUCCACAUCCGUUUCCUCAGUCAGACAAUGAUGGGGCAGCCAGUGCCUAAUAUGCCUGUCUAGUUUAAGCUGGUGCAUCCUAGUAACGAAACAAAGCAAUCUGAGUACUUGCUAAAGCCAAGAAAAAACCCAAGCAAAACCAGGUGUGAGUCCGGCUCCCAUGGAGCUUGGAACCUAGUGUUUGAAGACAGGUGUAAUCAGAUGACUUCCUGCGUGGAUGCAAGUCCUCACUUAGGUAAGAGCUCAGAAGGGAAAGAAACCAUAAAGAAACGGUAGUGGUAGUGUCGUCCUGCUAGGUAUGGUGGUCAGGGAAUUGGCUCCGGGGAAGGAAAGGUACGCUGAAAGGAGAAAGGCAAGAAGAAGCCAUAGAAAAGCUGGCAAGCAAGGCCAGCAUGCUUGCCUAGAGGCAGAGACCAGGCUAUGCCGUGUCUGAGGAUCACGUGACAAGCAUCUGCAUUUAGUCAAGAAGCAAUGAAAAUUGAGGAGUGAGCAAAAGGGUCAAGGAACUUCUACGAUUAAGAGCACAAGAUUAAGCCAUGGGGUCCAGAGGAAAUUGCCAAGAAGAGAACAUGAGCUAGAUGGCGGAGGAUGACAGAUGAGCCAGAAACUCUCAGUGUAGUACCCAGGAGAAGGAGAACAGCCAUCUCUAGGAGACCAGUUACCAGGAGCUGGUUGUCACUGGAAAGCAGGAGGCUGUGUUGAGGUAGAAGUGAGGGAAAGAUCUUUGCACAAACAAAAGUAGGGGUUUCUGCUUGGGUUUGGACACCUCCCCUGACAGAUGCCACCCAUUAGUCACCCCUAUCUCUUCUUUCCUGGCUAUCUACUGACUUUCAAAAGCUCAGGUUUCUCAGAGGCAAACAGGCUCUUGCACCAGUCUCCAGUGCUUCGGUUAUCAGCCACCCUCAAAGUUUCAUGGUUAAAAUGGUUUGCACUAAUAGCAGGAGAAAUAUAUGAGGAUAAUUGGAAAAGCCACCAUUGGCCGGACAGUGCAUCCUUUGUUCCUUCUAUGGCUGUAAAAUCCCCAGUCUCGCUCAGUGUGUCCUGUAGACCGUGUCUUCCUUCAGCUCUAAGUGUGGGACACAUUGUUGCAGCAGGUGACUCAACAACAAAACAGAAUCCAACAGACGUUAUCAGCUGGCUCAUUGAAGUCACCUGCCAGUAUUAAAAACUCAAUUCUUGUUCACCCCCGCCCACAAAGUCAUUCUUUUCAUUAUCUGAUCUGUGGCUUGACCAUCAUUAGGAAAAAAAUCACAGAUGAUUCUAGUGUGUAGGCAAAGUGGAAAUUGGUGUUGACAAGAUUAUCCCGUGCUGCUGUGCAAACAGUCAGGGAGCAGUAUUUUAAAUAGGUUCCUCAACAGAGCCCAAGGGUGGACUUCAAAUUCACUCCUAUUCCCCACAUAAAAUGAAUCUAGAGAGAACAGACCCCCCUCAUACAUUGCUGAUGGGAAUAUAAAAUGGUUCGGCCACUUUGGAGAAGAGUUUAGCAUUUUUUUAAAAAUAUUGAAUAUAAAUUUACUAUGUGAUCACAGUUCAACUCAUGAGUCUAGACUCAAGAGAGAGAAAUGAAAACCUACAUCUAGCCACAGGCUUGCACAUACAUGUUCAGAAUGUGUCAACCAUAGUGUCUAGAAAACAAUCCCAGUGGCUGUGGGCAGACAAGUGGCUGAACAAAAUGAGUAUAUCAUGUGCACAGAUGCUAACGCUGUGAAGUCAGAUGGAAUACUGCUUGGCAGGUCAUGGAACGGAUUGACGCAUACAACAGUGUGAGGAACUCCAAAACAUAUCAAAGUGUAAAAGUCAAGCACAAAGCCCGAUAUUCUAAUUUACUUGAAAUGUCCAAAAAAAGGGCAAACCUGUGAAAGCCUGAGGUAGAUUGGUGUCUCCGGCUGAAGGAGGUGGAGGCAAAGAUUAACUUCAAAUUGGUGUGAGGUCUCUUCUUGGAGUAUGAAAAAAUUCUGAAGUGUUAUAGUUAAAACAAGUGAAUGAUGGUAUCAAGGGAUACCUCAGUAAAGCUUGUAUGGAUCUGAAGAGUGAAUAGAGUUACGUAUAAUGAGGAUGGGACAAGUGCAUCCCCACGCCAUGGACCUAUCUCCUCCUGUUUCCUCAAAGAUGCUGCAAGGCCAUCAACUCCGGGUGUUCCCCCAGAACAGUACCAUCACAUUCCUUGACUGCUCCAAUUGGAAUAGAAAUAACUAUUGGAAUAGCUUUGAUAGUAAAGGAAGAAACCAGAUACUCUUCAUAAGAGAAAACAACAAUAAACUUCAAAUAGUUCAAAUGCCCAUCAUAGAUUAGUGGCUACACAAAUUGUAAAAUGCAUACCACUUUCAGACCAGGAGUCAACAGUAAGCACAAACCCUGGGUACAAGUGUCACGUGCCUCUGAGUGAAAGGAGCCAGACACAGAGGUUUUGUUACUGUGAAACAUUGGGGCAGGUGGAACUACCAUACAAGGACAGGGAGCCGAUGUGGUGCUGUGGGGAAGUGGAGUCUGCAGAGGGCUUUACGGCUGAGAUGCAUUGAGAACUUCUACAGAUGAUGGGAGGAGUCCAUAUGUCAAUUGUGAGGAUAGUUAGAGGGUUAUUUGUUCAUCAGGACCCAAAUCUAUAUGCUCAAAGUAAGUGUGCAUUGUUAUAUGUGUUGUAUCUCAAUAAAGUUGGUUUUGAAAGGAAAAUAAACUGGACAAAAGUGA